GAGGCCGGGGGCGGUGCUGAGCCGGGCCAGGGGUUGGGAAGCAGCCCGGAGACCCCAGCCACCAUGAGGGGGCAGCGCAGGCUGGCGGGGGAGCCCUUGGAGAUCCAGGUGGUGAGGGUGAAGGAGGAAGAGGAGGAGGAAGGAAGCGGGUGCCCCGAGUACGUCUUGGAGCCGCUGUGCCAGGAGGGGACCAGUGGCCUCGUCACCCGCUGCCACGCCCGCCUGGGGCCACGCCCGGUCCUUGCCCAGCCCUCCCUGCCGGCAGUGCCCCCACAGCCCCGUGCCGGGCGGGACACCGCCCCCCCGGCUAAGCCCUAUGCCUGCUCUUUCUGCCCCAAGCGCUUCAAGCGCUCCUCGGACCGGCGGGACCACGAGCGGGUGCACACGGGCGAGCGCCCCUACCGCUGCCGGGUGUGCGGCAAGCGCUUCACCCAGUCCUCGGUGCUGACCGGCCACAUGCGCAUCCACACGGGCGAGCGCCCCUUCCGCUGCCCCGUCUGCGCCAAGAGCUUCAACAACGCCUCCAACUUCAAGAAGCACCAGCGCAUCCACGCCCAGCCCCUGGGCAGCGAAAUCGGCUGCCCCCCCGUCCCCCUGAGCCAGCGGGACACUGGUGGGGGUGCCAAGGACCUGGCGCGAGACAGCGGUGGUGACGCCAAGGGGCUGGCACUAACGUGGGUGCCCCUGGGGUCCUCUGCCAAAGGCCCCAGGCCUGACUUCCUGGCUAACGGUGUGUGCCCGGCGGUGGUGGGGCUGGCGGAAAGCCGGUGCCCCAGGGCAUGGCGGUGUCUGGCAGUGGAGCGAAACGCAGAGCAGGGCUCCCCUGUCCCUGGCACAGGUGCCCGGCUGUCCCCCGGUGACUCGGGCUGCGGGGAAGCUGGCGACGGAGGAAGAGCGGCUGAGGAAGAGGAGGGUGAUUGUGCUCCCUGCUUCUUGCUGGAAAAGCUGGACCGGGCGCCCCAAUUGUGCCCAAGCCCUGAUGCCCACGAGCUGGGUGUGCCAGUCCAUGCCCCUCCCUGGGGCCUUAGCCCUGCUGUUCCUGGACAGGGCAAGCCGGUCCAUGCCACUCCCUGGCGCCCGAGCCCCAAUGCCCAUUCCCCACGUGGCAGCCCGCCCGCCCCCCUGCCCGAUGCCCGGCAAUACAUCUGCUUCGUGUGCUCCAAGCGUUUCAAGCGGGCCACGGACCUGAAGGAGCACCUGCGGGUGCACACGGGCGAGCGCCCCUUCGCCUGCGGGGUCUGCAGCAAGCGCUUCACCCAGUCCUCGGCCCUGUCCACCCACCAGCGCAUCCACACGGGUGAGCGCCCCUUCCGCUGCCCCGUCUGCCCCAAGAGCUUCAACAACGCCUCCAACUUCGCCAAGCACCGGCGGGUGCACUCGGGGGAGCGCCCCCACCGCUGCGCCCUGUGCGGAAAGAGCUUCCAGGAGCGCCGGUGGGUGGUCCGGCACCUCCGGGCCGUGCACCCGCCGCUGGGGUGAGCGCGGAGUCGUUGGCAUGUGGAGCAGUCGGGGAGGCCGUGGCAUGGCCAGGCGGUGUGGCACUGGGCUGAGAGUGAAAAUGCCCCAGCCAAAUCCUCUGCUAGCAGAGAUCUCCCCCGCACGUACGUCCUGCCGUGAGAUGCUCUGGAGCGCGGUUGGGGGAAGUGUUCACCCACCCAGUUUUCACCACAUUGUUUUUCACCUUUGUGGGAUGAAUUUUUUUCCAACCCAAAACCUCAAAAAUAACCAGAACGUCUCCCACCCGCUAUAAAACAUUGUGGGGCCAUUUCCCCUCCACAAGGUGGAAAAUAACCUGCAAAACAAAUCAGUUUCCCCCCAAUUCUCCAGAGAUUACAAGUUUGGUUGAUAAAGGUCAUAGUUUUGAUAUAAUAUUUUGACUUGGUACCGCACGACAUUUUGAUUAAGAAGCUAGAAUGGUGCCCAAUAAACGUGGCCCACAAUAAAUGGCUUAAAAACUGGCUAACUGAUAGAGCUCAAAAGGUAACGGUUAUUGGGGACGCAUCAUCGAGUGGGUGCGUUUCCAGCGGGGUCCCUCGGGGACCCGUUCUCGGCCCAACGCUAUUUACCGGUUUUAUCAACGGCCUGGGAGAAAACAUAAAAUCAUCGCCCAGCAAGUUUGCGGGUGAACUAAAAAUGGCAGGAGUACCGAAGAGGCCACGUCAUUGAUCCAGGUCACUGAUCUGGAUCGCUUGGUAAACUGGGCGCGAGCAAACAAGCUGCGUUUAAAUACGGCUAAAUGCCAAUAUAUCCAGCUAGGAACAGAGAUGUCGGCCGUGCGUGCGGGCUGGGGGACCCUCUCCUGGGGAGCAGCGACUCUGACAAGGAUGCGGGGGGGGCGUGGUGGAUAAUCAGCAGAACGGGAGCUCACGGUGCCCAUGCUGUGGCCAAAAGACCUAAUGUGAUCAUGGGAUGCAAAAACGGGGAAAUCUCGAGUAUCAACAGAAAAUUAUCUAAAGCAGAUUUCUUCCUCUCACAGCCAAGCCUCUUCAAUGUGAUAAUUCACUGCAGCUUGGAAGAAAAGAAAUACUCUUCAGUGUUCAAUAUGGUCUUCACAUCCUGGAACCUCGCUCUUGCAAAAUCUUUGCUUUUCCACUGGGCUCGCUGGUUGUGCCGUAGGGGGUAUUAUGCAGCUCCUUCGAGACAACACACAAAUUCAGCCUGAUCUUCAUUUCCGUAGAUAUAGGAAGAACCAAUACUGACCAACUGUUCAAAUUUCCAGCCAUGGUGGAGACCGUUCGGGUGAGCUCAUCCUCCUCCGGACACUGCAGCACCCUGUACACGUGUUUGACUGGCACCUGUGAGUCAUUUAAAGCUUGGCUGAUGAGUUUUUUCACUUUUUUGGGGGGUGGAAGAAAACCACAGCAGUGCACAGUUGGUGAGUAUUUUUCACCGGCACGGCAAACCUUUCCCACGCGUGUGGCACGUUUUUUGGUGAUUUCCCCCCCUCACACACCUUUUUCUCCGGGAGGUUUUUGUAGAUUCCAAGGUCCGAACUGACGUCUGUGAUCAGCGAAUCUGACACACACCCCCGUAGAGCCCCAGGCCAGAGACGUGCCCCGAAAGACUCCCCAGAGCAGCUGUUAGAAAACCAGCCAAUCUGGAUUUAACAAUUGUCGGUGAUGGAGAAUCCGCCAUGACCCUGGGGGAAUUGUUCUGAGGGUUAAUUACACUCACCAUUGAAAAUGUACUCCUUAUUUUCUGGUCGGAAUUUGUCUAACGUUAGCUUCCAGCCAUUGGAUGCUGUUAGACCUCCCUGUGCUGGUUUGAAGGGCUGGUUAUUAUAUAUUUGUUCCCCAGGGAGGUACUGAUCGCCAGGGAACAAGUCACCCCUCUUCUCUCUGUGAAGCUAACAAGAUCGAGCUCCUGGAGUCUCUCCCUCUCAGGCGGGUUUUCUCACCCUUUAGCCGUUCUCCCGGCUCUGCUCUGACCCCUCUCCGAUUCAUCACCAUCCUUCCUGAAUGGUGGCACCAGAACUGGACACGGGAUCCCAGCAGCGGUCGCCCGCAGGGCCAGAUCCAGGGGUAAAAUAACCUCUCUGCGCCUACGCGAGACUGUGACCCUCAGAACUGGCUCACGCGUAAAGUGAGGCCGAUGGGCGAGAGCAGCUGAAAUACCUUGGCGCCGCUGGGCCCCAAUCCUUAAUUCCGCAGCCCGGGCUUGAGUUUUCUCAGUGCUCCACAAACCCAACGACGCGGCUCGGCUUCCUCGCCCUUCGGCUUGAUCCCGCCUAGAAACUUGACCUCGGGAGUUUGAAAGGAUCUGCCCAAGUGCCCCCGUCCUUCCCUUCCUCCAGGGCUGCGGUUUCACAGCUGUCCUCCUCCUGAGACUCGCCAGGGAAGAACGUCUCUGGGGGCGAGAUUUCUGCUAGCAGAGGGACCCAGUUCAGCAGGGCGGAAGCCACAGACAUUCAGGCUUAGAAAUAAGGGGCGCGUUUUUCACAGGGUGGGGGGAAUUCAGCACUGGGGCAGCUCAUCAGAGGAGAGGGUGGCAUCUCCACCAGCAGGAGGCGCUAAAUCAAGCUUGGCACUAGCUCGACGAUCAGAUAUGGGCUGGCUGCAGGGAGCUCGGAGUGGCAAUUCUCUGGCCUGGGAGGACCCACGUGGCCCCUACAUCUAGGCUGGGAGUUUCUGAAGGCACCAGCUCCAGCUCCCUUGGGGAGACGCCGGGCAUAGCAGAACUCAGCAUCGCAUUUGUCGCCCACGUCACCAGCUGUUCGUGCCACCAUGAAGUCCCUCUCUGGUCCCAACAGCCACGUGCCCCUCGCCUUGUCCCGUCGCAGCGCAUGGGCCUGGUACCAGCGAGGCGUCCCCUCGGCCCGUGGAAGGCGGACACCGCCGGGGGAGUUACCGGUGGCUGUGGGCGGGUGGGGGCCGAAUUCCCUGGCCGUGGGCGGGAUCUCUCUGCUUGUAGCAGGCGCCUGGGAUAGUUUCAGCCUCACGGAUCCAUCCCCGGAGCCCUUCUAUUAAAUCCCGUUGGCAGAUCACA